AUGCCAGCCGACUUUGGAGCCUCCGUGGCGGCUUCCACCAUUGCCAUAACAGCAAAUAAAUUGUUGGAGUUGGCCAGCCAUGGAGUCGGAGAUCUAGUAGAUGUAAAUAAAAACCUUAGACUGUUGGAUAUGGCAGCUCAAAGAAUCCAAGAAAGGCUUGAUAAGCUUGAUCCUCAGUUGAUGGACGUGGCCCGAUGGAAGUCAUGGGUGCAAGAGCUAACCAAGAUGUGCUACGACAUAGAGGACAUAAUAGAUAGCAUAAAACUAGCUAGCAUGAGGCGGCGACAGCGUCUCACUCGUCCGAGGAAUUGGCUGUACAGACUUCUCCAUCGGGGGCCAAUGAGGCUACCUGAGGAUGAUCAAAUGUUAAGUGAAGCGCACAAGAUCGUCUUGUCGAAAUUGACAAUGUGGGGACUCCCUCGUAAGAUAAGCACCUUGUUUCGAGAAUUGGAGAACAUGGAGAAAGCAAUUAACUUGUGGCCGCAGAGUUCACUCAAUCACAGCAGGGUGCAAGAUGAUCCGAAUGAAAUAUUGCGUCUUUCAGAUGCAUUGGCCCUCCCUCAAGGAAGGCAGAGUGACAAGGACAACAUUGUACAAAAACUCUUGACAGAAGAUGUUGUUGGUGUUUCCAUAGUUGGAAUGACUGGACUUGGGAAGACUGCGCUUGCUAGAUCCAUACUGGAUGAUGCAAGUUUAAGACACCAUUUCCACAUAAUUUGGUGGGGUCAAGCAGCUGGUAGGCUCAAUAAUGUCAGAACCCGUGAGUUUCGUCGUGCCAAAGCUCGUGUUCAUUUGUCCACUCGUUCCUUGCUUGUUUUAGAUGAUCUGCAAGAUGUGUCACCGAGAAACAUGAUGGCUUGGGAAGAUAUUUUCAGAUCGAAAAACCUCCGAUCUGAAACCAAUAAAACAACGCUUCUCAUAACCACGCGUGAUCCAAGAGUGGCGUGGGGUACCAACACCAUUCCAUUUUAUUUGAAGAGAAUGACAGAUCAGGAUUGUAAAGAAUUGAUUAGUUAUAGAGUUUAUCCUGCACUUAUGUCUGAGGUAGAGCGAAACUUCUUUACUCGCAAUGCAAGCCGAAUUGCUCAAAAAUGCAUGGGCAUGCCACUAGUGGCCUGUGUCACUGCACAUACAUUAUGUGCUCAGAUAAGCAGACAUGGAAGUGCCAUUGGAGCCAUCUCGUAUUUUAUGGGAUCAGAUUUGUGGGGAUUAGUCGGACAAGAGAUACUUCAAGUGUUGAGUUUUAGAAAUCCGGGAUUAAGGUCUUCAAAUAAGUUGCUCACAUACUUCUCUUUGUUUCCGCGCGAACACGUACUUAACAAGGAUGAUCUGCUCCAACUCUGGAUGGCAGAAGGUUUCAUUCAGCUAGAAAAGUGGACAAACUGGGAACAAACUGCCAACCAACAUUUUGAUGAAAUGCUACCAGCAUCUAUGAUUGAACCAAGUUCAAUCAACAAUGAAGAAAAUCACCAAGAUCCAUCCUCUUUCCAAGUUCUUGAAAUCACUCGUACCAUUGCUCAAUCUAUUGCCUCUAAUAUGUGUUAUAGCUUUGAUAGAGGUGACGACUCUGACCUUCCAAAAGACACUCGUCAUAUCUCAGUAUGCUGCCAAAACUUUGAAGAUAAUAUAUCUCAGAAUAUUGCUAAAAGAACUCAGUACCUGAGAACAUUUAUUCUGAUGCACAAAUAUGGAACGGACAUUAAGCGAGUGCCUUGCUGUGUAUUUCAGAAGUUCCUGCGUGUGCUGGAUUUGAGUCGUUCUUGUAUAACAACUGUACCCGGAUCCAUAGGUAAACUUAAACACCUCCGCUACCUCGAUCUCUCAUACACCACAAUCAGAUUGUUGCCUGAUGCAACUUGUAAACUUUACGCUCUGAGAAUUCUCAAACUCAAAGGGUGUUCUCAACUUCAACAGCUGCCCAAAAAUUUUCCAACCUGGUCAAUCUUAUUCAUCUUGAUUUAA